UUCUGAUUCUCCUAGAUAUUGAUCAGCGAUGUCGACUGGUCGGCCCUCUGGUCAAAGGUCACACUCUGCUGUGCGAAGACAAGUAGCUAUCAAGUCUACUCUUCCUCAAGCCCUGUUUCCACCUGACCCUGACGCCGAAUUUCAACCUUGUGCCGCGACUGCCUCGUUUUUUCUCUACGCACAGCGGAACAUUGUCCUAUGUCUACAUCACGACACAUUGGCAAUAGAGCGACGAUUUGACAAACAUCAAGAAGACGUCCUAUGGAUCUGUGCAGACACGGUCAGCGAAAGAGGUGCGGGACGUUUGGCUGUUAGUUACGACACAGGGCAUACCGCGAUCGUCUGGGAUAUCUCGACAGGAGAUGAAAUCGCUCGCUUCGCAGCAUAUGAACACAUCAGAGUGGCCGCGUGGAUGAAGGAUGGAAAUAUUGCUUUCGGAAACGCCCAAGGCAACGUAAUCCUGUUUGAGCCUUCUACGUCUGAGCAUAUCUCAGCUCGUACUAUUUACGACCCGAUAACAGCAAUAGCUCCAGCAGCUGAUUCGCGUACCUUUGCAAUUGGUUUCCUUAAUGGCUCAAUUCUAGUCGCAACUUUACAACCGCUGUUUACAAUUGUGCAUAGCCUGACGACAUCGAAAGCUCCUUCUCGGAUCGCAGGACUCUCCUGGCACGGUUCUUCUUCCCGUCAAAAGUCUGAUAUGCUCGCUACACAAACCGCAGAUGGCGACCUCAGAGUCUGGAGUAUACCUAAACUAGCUGCCCCUGGAGAAACACCUAACAUUAUCCGAAUUCUGAGCCGGUUAGAGGGCAGGAGUGUUGGACCUUGCUGGUUUACUUGGUCAAAGAACGGCCGCAUUAUUCAGCACGCGGAUGGGGAGACGCGUUCCUGGGACGUUCGUACUAAGAACGUGAGCUUCCAGCCUGUGCCAACUGUUGAUGGCAUCGCCGGUAUUGCAUGUUAUGGUCCAUCCUCGACACUGUUCACACUAGGACCAAAUCAUACUGUCCAACAAUACGACGUCAAUCCGAGCGAUUUACCUAUACAAGUCGCUAGUAUUCAGCACGCUCCCGGCCCACUACCUCCGUCUCCACCCAAUUCUAUCGAAGAGCAGAAAAAGGAAGAGACAGGCAGAAAACAAGCCGCCGCGAGAGCGAUCUCAUUGCCCUUCGCCCAUCUGGACGCAGACACAAGUGAAGGCGAGCUUGGCACCAUGUCUCCACUCGAGAAGAUUGCAAAAGAGAUGGAUUUGCUGGAAGAAGAAAAGCAGGAUCGCCUUGGUGCCCUCAGUCCGACGUCAAGCAGGACUUCUUCAGUGAGCUCUAAGUCAUCCGGUGGAGGCCGUAGGAUACCAUCAUAUCGUUAUGACAAAGCACCGUCAUCGCGAGCUUCUGAAGUCUCCUACAACGAGGGCACCGAAUUUUCGUUUGGCUUGCCUUCGGCUCGGCCCCGUGAGAGCGUCUCUGUUCGCUCGGCCUCAUCAUUGCGUACCUCAGGUCUACGAAAAGAGAUCCUGAGAAGUCCGGACGAAGCCCAGCAGAUAUCUCAGAUGGACCUUUUCUCUCACACACGAGCAAGACUUCGGAAUGUGCCAUUCAGAACGCCUCAUUAUGGUCAUGUUGCUCGUACGUCAGACAUACUACGACGAGAGAUGCUGAGUGUAGUGUUUGGCUGGAAUGAUGACAUCGAGUCACUGGUACGCGACGAAUUCAUGAGACAAAAGCCAGGCUCAGCUAGUAGCGUACUUCUCUCAAAAUGGCUUGGUGAAUUUGGCGCAGACACGAUGGCCGCCAUGGUCGGUUCUGAGAACAUGACUUCAUCUGACUGGAUGCUUCUCGCUCUAAGCUCCAUGGGGCCGUCAUCUGGUAAGCAGGUUGGUCAGGCGUUCGUACAGCGACUUCUGGAAAAGGGUGACGUACACCCCGCUGUCGCGGUCCUCCUUGGCUUCGGUGAACACGACGAUGCUAUUGAGGUUUAUGUGUCGCGUGGCUACCAUAUGGAAGCAGUUCUUCUGACCUGUCUUACCAUGCCCUCGGAUUGGAAAAGACAGUCUUACCUUGUCCGCAAGUGGGGUGAGGUAUCUAUUAUGCAAGGUCAACCAGAACUCGCUGUAAGAUGCUUUUCGUGCACCAGCAUUGAGACCUCAGACUCUUGGUCGUCUCCCCGAGCGCAAGACGCAGUUUUCUCUAGCCAGAGAGACCAAGGCAUUAGCCCUUCUCCACUGAGCCCUCCGCUUUCGCCUCCUUUUGCUGUUGGCCCGAACCGGAACAAUAUCAGGAACGGGUCACUGAAGCUGAUCACCACAUUUGGUGAUAAGGGAGCUCCGCUUGUCCUGCCGUCGGCGGACCAAAGGACGCCUAUGACAGGUAUGCUUGGUGUUGGAGUGACACCAAUAGCCGAAUCUGCAAUCUCGCCGGGUGGCGCAGCACCCUGGCUGCGCUCUGGGAGCAGAUUCGAAAGGGAUCCAUCAUCCGCGAGGACUGCAACUCCUGGCGGAUAUGCAAGACGUCAGUUGACUUCUAGAAGCGGGACGUCACGCACAAGAGAUGUGUCUCAAACUCCUUUGACGGCUCGCAGAGAGCUUUCAGGCCCAGCGCACAUCGCAGAAAGCUUGGGAAGCACACGGUCUGGUCAUAGUCGCAAUUCUUCGUCCAUCAGCUCGACUGGUAUAGUUCAAAGUUCUGAGCAGCAACUACGACAAUCCUCGAGAGCAGAUCGUCUGCCAUCACCAAGCAACGAUGUCUUCGCGCGCUUGAAGAACGAGACACGGAUACGAAACGGCUCACGGGAAAGAGCCAACAGCGAUUUACAGGUGCAGGUUUUUGACACAAUUUACCUGGCUCCACUGGCGUCUCAAAACACAGUGGCUCCAAUUGUACAACUGGAUGCAUUCACUGCUUCUCGACAGAACCAGGAUGAUGAAGGUGUGAUUGGUAUGCCUGAUUAUCGUGGAAGACCGGCCAAGCGAUACAUCAAUCCUCCCAGAAGAUCCCCGUCAUCACCAGUUCCAAUGUCUCCCGACGAGGUCAUGGCCAGCAGAGCGAUGGCUGCAGCCGCGACUAUUGAUGAGUCUUAUUAUAGACAGCCAGAAUCGCAGGCCAAGACUUCCAAUGCUGGUCGUGCCUCAAGGACAGACAACCGAGGACUGAGCAGACAAAGAGACCACAGCCAAGCGAACCACCGAGCGGUUGUCAGUGGCCGUGACACAAGUGAGUCUCGUACACCACAGAGUAUGUUUGCUAGUUCGUCUUCAGUUCCUGCGCAUGCUCCAAACGACUCCGACUUCGCGAGGAGCGAGUUUCGACAGCAGUUACAUGUCAAUAGGAGCAGAGCAGCUUCUAUCAAAGAUGACCUGCCAAGCCGAAAACAGACUAACGAAAUCUCCACUCUUCCUCGAAAUAGCCUCGAGGAAGACAGCUCCGCUUCUGAGAAUCCGGACGAAGGCGUUGUGCGACGCAGGGACCUUCAGAGUUUGACCAAGAAGCAACUGGCUGCCAGGGAGCUCGAGGACAGGCGCGCGUCCUUGGCGAGACGGCCGUCUGCACCGGCGAUACCAUUGCCAAGUGACGUCAAAACACCUCCGAAGAGGCCGUUCAUGGCUCCUAGACAUCAUACUGAGCUUGGAGAUACUCCCAGCUCGUUCAUGCCUCCGUAUUCUGGUGGUCAGGUCACACGUAGCCAUACGGCUGAUCCAGAAUCCCAAAGUCGUUUUCCGCCUGCGAAAAACACUGGUGCAUCCAAUCCAACAGCAUCGAUCGGAUUACCAGCCACUCCCAGGGCCAUGAGACAUCCAAGAUACAUGUCUGUCGACCCCAAAGAACGCGAAAAAUUGCCUGCUGUUCCUCAGGUGCCCCAGACGCCUCCUCAGCUUUCGUCUAUCACCUUCCAACAAGCUUCGCCUUCUCCGAGGUCUACAGAUAACGACCAGAUCGCACCUCUUUUGCCCUCAACUGUGUUCGGGCAGUUGGCACCUCAGUCUCCACCAAGAUCUUCCUCGGCACCGCCAGAGAUGGGCCUAGAUGGCACGCCUUGGCAUUACAACACAGUACUACCGCACUCAUCCAGACGUGGUUCCAUAACUAAGGGGAGUCAUGCUCGUAAAGUUACACCUACAGAGAACAACUUCCAGCUCCAGCAAGGCCCUUCAUCAAAUAGACCUAGUAUUGACCAGACUUUGCAUGACGCUCAGAUUGUCAUUGUGGAAGACUCUGAGUUGAUGUUGCCAGAACUCCAGCACCUUGCAGGCCCUCCACCUCCACCUCCAGCCCCGCUGAUGACAAGUACCCGGGGUAGUGGUCUUGGUGUUAUCAACAUAGCCAUUGGCGAAGAGGAGCCCAUGAUUAUUGAUGUUUUACCGACCAUUGACAGAGCCGGUGCACUGACAGCUCCUCCACUAAACAACUCUGCGCAAGGUCAACUGCAAGUCAACGCUCAACGACGUGGUCGAGGAAGUAUCAGCGAGGGUUUCAAUUCGCGCUUGCGAAGUGUGACCGAGCGUAUGCGUAACAACAGCAAAUCGCGAACCAAAUCACCGCCAAUCGACUCCUACGCGACAUCGCCUUACGAAACGGUGCUCCCAAGUAUGUUUUCCAGAUAUCAAACACAUACCGACAACAAUCCGGCUCGUACGAAGUCGCCAUACGAUACUUCUUCAGUCGCACCUAGUGCGGCAGCUUCUGAAGCCUCGCUCUCAUUGCAAAACACAAUGCCUCCGCCACCACCGCCUCCUCCGACAGCUCCUGAUGUGUCUGAGGAGCAGAAAGACAUAACGGACAGAUCUAGCCAGGGCUAUCCUCACCCUCGUGAAGUCAAAGCAAAUAUCUCGGCUGAGACACUCCUCUCAUCAGGAGUUUACGAGCCCAGCAACAUGUUUUAGCCAUACUUUGCUAAUCUUCUUUUCUUUCAUCUUCUUGGGACUAAUUCUGCCUAUUCGUCUAUCGUUUCGCAUAUACCACUGCGCAUAUGUUUCCCUCGCAUUUCCUACAUAUGUCAUAUACUCGUACGACUUAGUGUCCGCUGGAUGGAAGCAUUUCGGUGUUUGGGAAGGGAAAGAAAAGAAAGACGUACAAAUUGUAUUCAUCUCUAUCCAGCCUAGAAUGUAUAUCAAGGAAUCAAUCACGAUAGGAAACUGAUGAAAACGUUAUACAAGUGCAAAUAUUGACUUCGUUCUAGGUAGAUAGUCGCAGCUUUCAAUGAGAGUCACCGAUGUUCAAGGCAGGGUCGC